CCGCCGGGCGGCGGCAUGAAGGUCACGUCGCUCGACGGGCGCCAGCUGCGCAAGAUGCUCCGCAAGGAGGCGGCGGCGCGCUGCGUGGUGCUGGACUGCCGGCCCUACCUGGCCUUCGCCGCGUCCAGCGUGCGCGGCUCGCUCAACGUCAACCUCAACUCCGUGGUGCUGCGCCGGGCCCGCGGCGGCGCGGUGUCCGCGCGCUACGUGCUGCCCGACGAGGCGGCGCGCGCGCGGCUGCUGCAGGAGGGCGGCGGCGGCGUGGCGGCCGUGGUCGUGCUGGACCAGGGCAGCCGCCACUGGCAGAAGCUGCGCGAGGAGAGCGCCGCGCGCGUCGUGCUCACCUCGCUGCUCGCCUGCCUGCCCGCCGGCCCGCGGGUCUACUUCCUCAAAGGGGGAUAUGAGACUUUCUAUUCUGAAUAUCCUGAAUGCUGUGUGGAUGUAAAACCCAUUUCACAAGAGAAAAUUGAAACCGAGAGAGCCCUCAUCAGCCAGUGCGGGAAACCAGUGCUCAGCAUGAGUUACAGGCCGGCCUACGACCAGGGCAGCCCAGUUGAAAUCCUCCCAUUCCUCUACCUUGGAAGUGCCUACCACGCGUCGAAGUGCGAGUUCCUCGCCAACCUGCACAUCACGGCCCUGCUGAACGUGUCACGGCGGGCCUCUGAGGCCUGCGAGCCUCGGCUGCACUACAAGUGGAUCCCCGUGGAAGACAGCCACACGGCGGACAUCAGCUCCCACUUCCAGGAGGCAAUAGACUUCAUAGACUGUGUCAGGGAAAAGGGAGGCAAGGUCCUGGUCCAUUGUGAGGCCGGCAUCUCUCGCUCGCCCACCAUCUGCAUGGCUUACCUCAUGAAGACCAAGCAGUUCCGCCUGAAGGAGGCCUUCGAUUACAUCAAGCAGAGGAGGAGUAUGGUCUCGCCCAAUUUCGGCUUCAUGGGCCAGCUCCUGCAGUAUGAAUCUGAGAUCCUGCCUUCUACGCCCACCCCCCAGGCUCCCUCUUGCCAAGGGGAGGCAGCCGGCUCUUCAUUUAUAGCCCAUUUGCAGACACUGAACCCUGACUUGCAGGGUUCCUACUGUACCUUCCCUACCUCAGCGCUGGCACCAGUGCCCACCCACUCAACAGUCUCCGAGCUCAGCAGGAGCUCCAUGGCCACAGCCACGUCCUGCUAAAACAGGCAUGGGGGAGGCAGCCCAGCCCCACGAACAACUGUGAUUUUGUUUUUCAAACUUGCGGACAUUUCAUACCUGUGCAAUACUGAAGACCUCACUCUGCCCUGGUGGGAUGGUGAGGGUCGCCAGGCUUGCGGACGAACUUCAGGCUGACCUCGGGGAUGGGUCCUCGGGGCCGAAGGAAGGCCAAGCCAUUAUGGGAGCACAGCGUGUGCUGACUACUGUACUUCCAGUCCCCCUGCCCUCAGGACUGCCCGGUCCUUGCACCUCAAAGUUUGCCUUUUCAUUUCAAGCGUAAGGCAAUAAAUACCUGCAGCAACGUGGGAGAAAGCAGUUGCUCGACCAGGAGAAAAGGCAGUUUCGAAGCCAAUUCAUUUUGAAGGAAGCACAAUUUCUACCCUAUUUUUAUAACUGGCAGUCACAGUAGCUGCCGCUGGUGAUUCAGGGCCUGAGCUGGAUCACCAUCUCAUCAGGAAAGUAACCCCACAGGGUCUGUAGGGAAACAAUGUAGAUGGUGAUUUGAAGCUAGAGAUCUCCCUUGGGUCCAGUGGAGGUGGUUGGUAGAAAUAGCAAGACACUGGCUCCUCUGGGUUUCCUUUACACUGUGGGUUCUUCCCUGACCUUGAACUUUGGCAUGAUUCUUCCUCAUACUUGAACCUUUCUCCUUGCACCGUUCCUCAAAGCAACUCAUGUCAGUUGAAAAGUCAUUCAAACCAUAGGCCAAAAAUCACCCCUUUGAGGUGGUGGCAGUGGGUGCCAGGAGCAAGAGGUACCUGCUGUCUGGGUCAGUGGCAUCAAGGGUCAUUCCCCAGCUUGCUGUCCUUACAUGUGCUUGUCUGUCUCCUGUGACACUUGUUUUUUCCCUGCCCCUGGGGGUUGUCUCCAAGCUGUUGACUUCUGGAAUUUUCAGACUUCAUGUGUGGUACUACUAUGUUUUUGUCUGUAGGUUAUUUCUCCAGGGGAAAAGGCAAUAAUUUCCUAAAAUCCAUAUGAAUGUGAAGAAAAGCAGUAUGUUACUGGUUGUUUUUUUAUAGUGCGAAAUAAAAAUAGUAAAAGGAAAAAAAGCACUGCUUCUUGUUGGUGAAUCGGAGUAAGGCAAGAAUACAUUUUUUUUUAAAGAUUUAUUUAUUUAUGCAUACAAGAACUGGGUACAGGCCAGAGGUGUGGGGGGUCAGAGGAUAGAGCAGAGACAGAGUGGAGAACAGAACAGGCAGAUUGAAAUA